AAAAAAAAUUAACCAUCUGGACCGUACUGUAUACGAUUUUUCUUCUCUGUCUUUUACUUCUCUUCUUCACUUUUUUCCCCAUUUAAACUUUUUUUUUCUUACGCAUCUCUCCGUUUCUGAUCGGAUGCUGAAAGAAUCACAUCUGAGUAGCUGCUAAUUAGACUUCAUCGAGUGCGCAUGGAAUCACCCGUUGGUGAUUCAAGACACACAUCUAUUGUUGUUGUGACAUUAGAUUCUGGUGAAGUACACAUUAUUGCCAGCUUGUCUUCCAGGACUGACACUCAGGUCAUACAUAUUGACCCAACAACAGGGGCACUUCGGUACAGUGGAAAGCUGGGACUUGAUGUCUUCAAAUCUGAUGAUGAGGCUUUAGAUUAUAUAACAAAUGGAUCCAAGUGGUCAUGUAAGAGUACAACUUAUGCAAGGGCAAUUUUAGGUUAUGCUUCCCUAGGAAGCUAUGGGUUACUUCUUGUAGCUACCAAGUUGACUGCUAGCAUUCCAAAUUUGCCUGGUGGAGGUUGUGUUUAUACAGUAGCAGAGAGCCAAUGGAUCAAAAUAUCUCUUCAAAAUCCUGAGCAGCAGGGCAAAGGAGAAAUAAAGAAUAUUCAAGAGUUAACUGAGCUUGAUAUUGAUGGGAAGCACUAUUUUUGUGAGACGAGGGACAUAACUCGCGCUUUUCCAAGCCCCAGCCAUGUACAAAAGCCGGAUGAUGAAUUUGUUUGGAAUGGAUGGUUUUCAGCAUCCUUCAAACACAUCGGGCUUCCGCUGCAUUGUGUUACUCUUCUGCAGGGCUUUGCAGAAUGUCGAAGUUUUGGGAGCUUGGGCCAGUUAGAAGGGAUGGUUGCUCUUACGGCUCGUCGUAGUAGGCUGCAUCCUGGUACCCGAUACUUGGCUAGGGGGCUAAAUUCAUGUUUUAGCACAGGAAAUGAAGUGGAGUGUGAGCAACUUGUAUGGGUACCUAAAAGGACAGGUCAAAGUGUUCCUUUCAACACAUACAUUUGGCGAAGGGGUACUAUUCCAAUCUGGUGGGGUGCAGAACUAAAGAUGACUGCAGCAGAGGCAGAGAUUUAUGUAUCGGAUAGAGAUCCUUAUAAAGGAAGCUCACAGUAUUAUCAGAGGUUGAGUAAACGAUACGAUGCUCGAAGUUUUGAUGCAACUUAUGGGGAAAAUCAGAAGAGAAAAGCUUUUGUCCCUAUUGUAUGCAUUAACCUGCUAAGAAAUGCAGAAGGGAAGUCAGAAUCUCUUCUAGUUCAGCAUUUUGAGGAAUCCAUAAACUAUGUAAGAUCAACUGGAAAACUUCCUUAUACUCGAGUGCACUUGAUAAACUAUGACUGGCAUGCUAGUGUAAAACUAAAGGGUGAGCAGCAAACAAUUGAGGGACUGUGGAGACUUCUGAAAGCACCCACCAUGGCUAUAGCCAUUUCUGAGGGGGACUAUUUACCUUCACAGCAUCGGCUAAAUGAUUGCAGAGGUCAAAUCAUAUAUAAUGAUGAUUUGGCUGGUGCCUUCUGCUUAAGAUCACAUCAAAAUGGAGUUAUACGCUUUAACUGUGCGGAUUCUCUAGAUAGAACCAAUGCUGCUAGUUAUUUUGGUGCUCUUCAGGUUUUUGUGGAACAAUGUAGGAGAUUGGGCAUAUCACUUGAUAGUGAUUUGGGAUAUGGCUAUCAGUCGGUUGAUAACUAUAGUGGAUAUAGUGCUCCAUUACCACCUGGCUGGGAGAAACGAUCUGAUGCUGUAACAGGGAAAACAUACUACAUUGAUCAUAACACUCGGGCUACAACAUGGAAUCACCCUUGCCCCGAUAAACCUUGGAAGAGAUUUGAUAUGACAUUUGAGGAGUUCAAGCGGUCAACCAUUCUGUCUCCUGUCUCUCAGUUAGCUGAUGUUUUUCUUCUUGCUGGCGAUAUCCAUGCUACACUUUAUACUGGCUCUAAAGCUAUGCAUAGCCAAAUUCUUAGCAUAUUCAAUGAAGCAGGAAAGUUUAAACAAUUUUCUGCUGCUCAGAAUGUGAAAAUUACUUUACAAAGAAGGUAUAAAAAUGUAAUUGUGGAUAGCUCUCGUCAGAAGCAGUUAGAAGUGUUUCUUGGCAUGAGACUGUUCAGGCAUCUUCCAUCAAUUCCAAUUCAACCGUUAAAUGUACCUUCUCGACCGUCAGCUUUCUUUCUAAAGCCUGUUGCUAACACGUUUCCAAGCGGAUCCAGUCUUCUGAGCUAUAAAAGAAAAGAUCUCAUAUGGGUAUGUCCACAAGCUACUGAUGUGGUUGAACUUUUUAUCUAUCUUGGUGAGCCGUGUCAUGUAUGUCAGCUUCUUCUAACUGUAUCUCAUGGGGCAGAUGAUUCAACUUAUCCAUCAACUGUUGAUGUGAGGACAGGACGUUCCCUAGACGGGCUUAAACUUGUUGUGGAGGGUGCUUCAAUACCUCAGUGUGCAAAUGGGACAAACCUUUUGAUACCAUUAUCAGGACCAAUUAACGCUGAGGACAUGGCCAUCACUGGAGCUGGUGCACGUCUCCAUACACAAAAUCCAACCACCCUUCCGCUAUUGUAUGAGUUUGAAGAAGUAGAGGGAGAAUUGGACUUCCUUACACGCAUAGUAGCAAUUACAUUUUAUCCUGCUGUGUCUGGAAGAAGUCCGAUGACUCUUGGCGAGAUAGAGAUUCUUGGAGUUUCUCUUCCAUGGAGUAGCAUAUAUAAUAAUGAAGGUUCUGGUUCAAGAAUAGUGGAACUUUCCAAAAAAUGUCUCAAGGAAACUAAUCCAUUCUUGUCUAGCAUGGACAGUAAUCCAUUUUCUGGCACUUCUUCAUCUGCUGAAACUGCGGCACCACAAAUGCAACAAAGGGCUUCUUCAGACUGGCUUGACCUUUUAACAGGAGGGGAUGCAGUCUCUGAGCCAAUUUCCCAUCCACUAGCACAAAAUAGUGUCCAAGAUGGAAGUGACUUGCUUGAUUUCUUGGACAAUGCUGUUGUUGAAUUUCAUGGUGCUCCAACUGAUAAGCAAUCCUCUUUAUCGCAAGAGGCAAAGCCUGCAGACAGUGCUCGGAAAUAUAUAAAUUGUUUAAAAGCCCUUGCAGGGCCAAAAAUGACACGAAAGCUAGACUUUGCAGAAGCCAUGAAACUUGAAAUUGAAAGGCUCCUUCUGAAUCUUUCGGCUGCUGGAAGGGAUAGAGCUUUGUUGUCUGUUGGGGUUGAUCCUGCUACAUUAAAUCCAAAUGUAUUAAUUGAUGAUUCAUACAUGGGAAGAUUGUGCAGAGUUGCAAACAACCUUGCUUUACUUGGACAAGCUUCACUUGAGGAUAAAAUUAAUGGUGCUAUUGGUCUUGGGUCUAUUGAUGAUAAUGUUAUAGAUUUUUGGAAUGUUACUAGAAUUGGGGAAAGUUGUUCUGGUGGCAUGUGCGAGGUGCAUGCUGAAUCAAAGGCACCAGUGCGUGCAUCCUCUGCGACGUCCUCUGCUGGAGUUUCAGAAUCUAUCUUGCUCUGCUCUGAAUGUGAAAGAAAGGUUUGUAGAGUUUGUUGUGCUGGAAGAGGAGCUCUUUUGCUUGUGAGGGAUGGUACAAAUUAUAAUGGUCAAGCAAGUCAGGGUGGGUCAAGCCAUGGCAGCCAACUUGAUAGCCCCUUUAGUCGUUCCUUGGCACUGGAUAGUGUUAUUUGUAAAAGAUGCUGCCGUGAUAUUGUCCUUGAUGCAUUAAUCUUGGACAACUUGAGAGUCUUGAUUAGUGGACGAAGAAAAGAAUGUGCAGACAGUGCUGCGUGUAAAGCUUUGGAUCAUGUUAUAGGAUCUUCCUUGAGCAGUGUUUAUGAAAAAGAUCAGUCUUCUGAUAGUCAACGAACUGUUAAGGUCCAACGGUUACUUUCUGGUCAAGAGUCACUAGCAGAAUUUCCGUUGGCUAGCUUCUUACACUCGGUUGAAACGGCAAAAGAUUCAGCACCAUUCUUCUCAUUACUUGCCCCGCUAGAUUCAGGGUCAUGGCUUUCAUACUGGAAAGCUCCGCCUACUGUCAAUUCUGUUGAAUUUGUUAUUGUUCUCAGUACCCUCUCUGAUGUGAGCGGAGUUAUUUUGCUUGUUAGUUCAUGUGGCUAUUCUGCUGCUGAUGCUCCUACUGUUCAAAUCUGGGCAAGCAAUAAAAUACAGAAGGAAGACAGGUCAAGCAUGGGAAAAUGGGACGUUCAAUCCCUGACUCGAUCUUCUUCAGAAAUAUCUGGUCCAGAAAAGUCGGGUAGAGAUGAUAAAGUACCUAGGCACAUAAAAUUUUCCUUCAAAAAUUCUGUGAGAUGUCGAAUCAUUUGGAUAACUCUACGUCUACAGCGACCUGGAUCCAGUUCUGUUAAUUUUGAGAAUGAUUUGAAUCUUCUAUCACUUGAUGAAAACCCUUUUGCACAAGUGAAUCGGCGUGCUUCUUUUGGUGGAUCAGUUGAAAAUGAUCCAUGUCUACAUGCUAGAAGGAUUUUAGUGGUUGGGAGUCCAGUUAAUAAAGAGAUGGGACUUACAUCACAAGGCUCUGACCAGAUGAAUUUUAACAGCUGGCUUGAAAGGGCUCCACAAUUGAGCAGAUUCAAGGUUCCAAUCGAGGUUGAGAGGCUGAUGGACAAUGAUCUUGUCUUGGAACAAUUUUUGCCACCUGCUUCUCCUAUGGUUGCCGGAUUUCGCCUUGAUGCUUUCACUGCCAUUAAGCCUCGAGUUACUCAUUCUCCAUCUUCAAAUGUAGAUUUAUGGGAUGCAUCUGUAACGUUUUUAGAAGACAGGCAUAUCUCGCCAGCUGUGCUGUAUAUACAAGUUUUGGCACUGCAGGAACCACACAGCAUGGUAACUAUUGGUGAAUACCGGUUGCCAGAAGCUAAGGGUGGAACUGUUAUGUACUUCGACUUCCCCAGACAAAUACAAAGCCGCAGAGUUGUAUUCAAGCUUCUCGGGGAUGUUACGAUGUUUACAGAUGACCCAGCAGAACAAGAUGAUUCUGGAUUAAGAGGCCUACCAUUGGCGGUAGGGUUAUCUUUGUCAAACAGGGUUAAGUUAUACUACUAUGCUGAUCCUUAUGAACUUGGAAAAUGGGCUAGCCUUUCUGCAAUUUGAUUGUCGUUUUUUACACGAGAAAAGAGGUGUCGACUUCGGGAAUUGGUUGGUAUUUCUUGCGGAUGCCAUUCUUUAUUUUUAUUUUAAAUCAAAUGUUCCCUUUCUCAUUCGUGUGCGGUGUUGUUGUACAGUAGGUAAGUGGAAUUGUUAAUUUCAUUGAUGGAAUAAUUUUAAUGGUGUCAAAAUAUCAGCAUACCUCUUCCAUUUAAGAGAAAUUUUGUAAAAAGUUCGGCAAUUCUUUGCUUAGAAUUUUCACACGUCUUUUUAUAAUACAUCGACGAUCUGUGGUUC